CUAAUAAUCUUUGAUCCGCUUCUAAUCAUGUCAUCCUUUUUGUUUUGUUUUACUCGUUGGGCUAUAGAAGUGGAGCAGGCAAACGGCAGAGUCACGUAGCUGCUACAGCCUAUACACAAGAAGAAGCGAUUAGCUUUUCAUAUAUCUUUUUAGCUAUGACCGCCCCUUGUCGAAAAAUCACGAUAAACUAUUUUUGUGUGGUUAGUCAACAUAUUUUUUAGGCUCAUCGUGUCAAAGUCACAGUCGGGAGAUUAUCGUGAUCUAAAGUCGAAUUUCCGUGAUUUUUUUAUUAUUAUUUUUUUUUUUGUCGAGUAACGCCACAUAAACAGCUUAGCAACCGAAAUCUCUUUUAAAAAAAGGAAAUGUCGAAAUUUUAGUUUGCUGGGGUUUUUUUUUGUACCCAGACAUUCCUGGAUCAACAACAACAAUUGAAAUUAAUUAGAUUUGGUAGGAAGUUGUCGAGUACGUUGUUGUUGUGUCCGGAUGGAUCUCUCGCUGGCGGAUUCAUUUAGCAGGAUUCUUUUUUAUUCAGCGCAAGUCGCGUAAGAGAGAAAGGGGCGGAGCCGCGGUGACUCCGCCCUCCAUUACACGCACACACACACACACCGGGAGGGGUAGCGUGUAUAGAAAAGAGCGAGAGAGAAACGGGGAGUUAGUGAAUCUCCACCCUCACGGACUCGUCGGAAUGAAAGUAGAGUUUCAAAAAGUUGCUCUCCGGCGCGUGACACCGUCAGUGAGGUGAUACAAACCGGCCGGGAUAGAACUCCCCCCGUUUCUUGUGUCUCUGCUCUAUCAACAACCCCCAACGACAAUUGUUGUACUCCCGCGUGAGGGAUUCUAAAAUCCAGAACAAUUUUUGUUUUAUUAGUCAAGGGAAGGUAAAAGAGAUUUGUGGGUUUUUUUCAUAUCGGAAUGAAUGCCGAUGUGGUGGCCGCCCCGAGCAGCACAACAACUUCUCUCAUCGACAACAACAACCUGACGGUGUUGAACCGUCACAUGGCCCACAUGGCGGAAUCGGCAAUUCAAAACGCCACCUCAUCUUCCUCAAAGAAUUCAGCCGACGACUGCCAGGGCAGUCAACAAUUGAUGUCGUUAUGGCGUCCGAUCAUGUGCCGAACGAGUCAAAUGUUCCCGCCACCGCUCCCACCGCCAACGACAACAACGCGAAAUUCAAAUCCGACCGCCACCGACCUGUCGAUGUUGACAGCCAGUAACAGCAUCCAUCCCUAUCUCCACUCCAUCAGCGUCGAUCCGUCCAAAACGACGACGACGACGACAGCUUCACACCACAACAACAACAACACCAGCAGCAAAAACUGCUCGUCCCAUCAACACAACAACAACAACAAAAUCUCGAUCGACUCUCACGCCCAUCUCGCCUCACCUACGACUUCGAGUAAAUCGAUUCCGGUUCAUUGCGUGGUGAUGAACACGACGACGCCGUGUUACUUGGCGGAUGCAGCCAUGAUCUCUUCGCCACCUUCACCAGGUGGAAUGGAAGGAGGAGCUUCGACUCCCAACAGCAAGUUGACGCCCAAUUUGACUGAGGAAUCGGUGGAUGUCGACAGUUACGCUAUCAUUCCAGCGUCGACGUUAUUUAACCAAAUUGUACCCGUCGUCCUUCGUAAACUCGGAUACUCUGAUGACGUCAUCUUUAACGCAACCGGUUGGCUGAUGAUGAAAAACUGGAGGCCAUUGAGUUUGACUCAAAUCGCCAGCAGCGAUCGGGACACUGUCGGCGGAGUUCUCGGCGAAUUGACUACAGUUGCCACACUCCGCAUCUACAUCAGAAAAAAUUUUAGUGGCAAUGCGAGCCACCAGUCGGAAAUGAAGAACAAAGUAUUACGAUGGCUUAUGACUCAAAGCCAACAUUUGAUCAACAACGGCCGUUUCCCCCUAGACGAGAAAUGGCAGCAAAAAGUGAUUAGAGGAGAGAGACCCACCACACCGUCGGCCGAUACUCGACGCCAAUUCGACGCUUGGUUUCAACAGGAAAUGAUCCGUCCCAGUCCCACCAUAACCUCAACUCAACAACAGCAGCAGCAGCAACAACAACAGCAACAACAUUUGAUUAUGACGAGAUCCAGCAACAGCGAGAAAAUUGGUCACCAUCACCACCGUCACAGUCCCAGCAACAGCACUAAUGAUCCAUCGGCUGGAUCGUUGGCCGAAAACAACAACAACCUUCACCUUUUCAUGUCCUCGACGUCCGUCGGCGCCGGACUCCAUUCGUCGUCAUCCUCGUCCCAGUUGUCUCGCGAUGUUUCCGCAAUGGCCUCGGCUGCGGCUCCUAGGGUCCGCAUGAGGACAACAUUUGAUCCUGAACAGGAACUGCCUCGGCUUCAGCGCUGGUUCUCUGAGAAUCAACACCCGACCCGCUUCCAGCUCCAACUCUACGUCCAGGAACUCAACGAAUUGGAGUCGAGACGGGGCCGUAAACCGCUGGAUGUCAGCAAUUUAGUUUAUUGGUUCAAAAACGCCAGGGCGGCAUUCAAACGCGCAGAGGUCCGCGGCGGAGGCAACGGCCAUCAUCACCAGCACUUGGCUGGCGGAAGAGAAUCCAAUGGAGGAAUUGGAGGAGGAUCCUGGAUGGCCGGCCAAUCUUUGCGCGAAGGACUUUUGCUUUCCUCUUCCGGCGGCGCUGGAGAAGAGGAGGAAGAAGAGAGUUUGGAUGGAGAUCAUCGCCACCGUCGCCGGAUGAUGGAUGAAGAUGAAUUGGAUCAUCCGAUCGACGAGGAGGAAGAGGAAGAAGACAUGGAUGAGGAGGAGGAAGAAGAAGACGCCAGUUCUUCGGUUUCUGACCGUUCCAGGCGGAGCUUCACUUCGACACAUCCGUCGAUCGCCAUUCCGCUCAAAUUGGAGCCGCUGGAUCUCAACCGCAGCAGCAGCUGCGACGAACGUGACGUUAAAGUUAAUCACGAAGGAGAUGGUCAACACCAGGGGACCGAUGGCGAUCCGAUUGCGGAACAGCAAACGAUGGAUCAUCCGGCUGUCCAGCCCAACGGAGUCAAUGACGGCGGAGAUUUAGACGACGACGAGGAUUUGGGGUCGCAGGCCUCUGGCGAUUCCGAUUCCGACUUGGAAGAUUACGCCGAGAAUUUGUCGCUGUCGAAACAUCCAGUGGAUGACGGCCACCACGGCAAGAAAGUCGAUCCGCUUUCGCAACACAACACGAGCGGAGGUUCAUCCAGCAGUCAGGACUACGCGGCGGCGGCAGCUGCAGCGGCCGGAUCCAGCGGAGGCGGAAGUGGUGGCGGAUAUUCCGGAUUCGCCGGCCUGAACUUGAGUCACGCACAACUUAAUCCGCACGGACUGGUCUACAUGACAUCACCAUACCUUCAGGGCAUCGGAUCUUCGUUGUUGCAUCACCAGUCGGCGGCUGCUGCAGCGGCUGCGGCCGCCGCUGCCGCCGGACUGGCCCAUCACCUCCACCACCAAUCGUCUUCCUCCUCGUCCCGUGGCGGCGGAAGCAUCGGAAUGGAUCCAUUGAGUCUGACGUCAUCGUCUGGCGGCGGCAAUUGCAGCGACGACCGUCGUAAACGCAAUCGGACGUUCAUCGAUCCGGUGACGGAAGUGCCGCGAUUGGAGCACUGGUUUUCUCUCAACACGCAUCCGUCGCACUCACUGGUCCUCCGCUACACGGACGAACUCAACCGCCAACCCUAUCGGCUCAAAUUCCCCAAAUUGGAGCCGAAAAAUGUCCAAUUUUGGUUCAAAAAUCGACGCGCUAAAUGCAAACGGCUCAAACUUUCACUCUGAAUUUGAAUUUCAUUGCGAGUCCGUUCCCCCCCUCCGUUGUGGGGGGGCUCGAUUUUUUCUUUUGUGUUUUUAUUUGACGAUUUAAUGGCCAUUUGUUGAUUAUCUUAACUUUUGUGAUGUUUGUGUCAAUCCAACCCCCUCGAUUGUUUUUUAUUUUCUCUUUCGGUCCUAGUCGUCACAUUUUUUUUGUUCCGAUUUUGACGAUUCCGUCUGUUUUGUGUCGAUUUUAAGAAAAAGGCAAAAAUAUUUUCCCUCCGCCAUGAUUGUUUCGUCAUUUGUGUGUUGAUGGACCUCGUCAAUCUUUUUUGUGUUUCAAUGUCCUCCCCUCCCAUUCUGUUAUUCUAUGAAAGAAAAUAAUGAAUGCAAAAUUUUUUAUGAUGAUAAGGAAAUAAUCUCUCGUCAUGUGGCAAUGUGAUGUUCAUUACCCAAUCACCUGAAUCCUCGCGAAUGUUUGUGUGUGUGUAAAAGUGCCAUUUGUUUUAAUUUUUUUCUUCCCCCCUCAAUUUGUUUAUUUUUUGAAAACACACCCCAACAAAUAAACCUUAAAAAAAAAUA